UCUUUACGAGGCGUGCCCGCCCCCACGGGGGCGGGAGAGCCCUAGUCCGAGCGGCCUGGCCUGUGCUCUGAUACCGACCCUCCCCGGAGACCCACCGGCGACACAGAGAGAACGGUGUCACACGUGGCCUUGGGCCGGGCGCCAUGGACGCCUUCACCCGCUUCACCAACCAGACCCAGGGCCGGGACCGACUCUUCAGAGCCACUCAAUACACAUGCAUGUUGCUUAGAUAUUUGUUAGAGCCUAAAGCUGGCAAAGAGAAGGUGGUAAUGAAGCUCAAGAAACUGGAGUCCAGUGUGAGCACUGGUCGUAAAUGGUUCAGACUAGGCAAUGUGGUACAUGCUGUACAGGCGACUGAGCAGAGCAUUCAUGCCACUGACCCGGUACCCCGCUUAUGCCUAACAUUAGCCAACCUGAACCGUGUGAUUUAUUUCAUCUGCGACACCAUCCUCUGGGUGAGGAGUGUAGGCCUCACCUCUGGCAUCAACAAAGAGAAAUGGCAAAUGUGGGCUGCCCGCCACUACUACUAUUCUCUCCUGCUGAACCUCGUCAGGGAUCUGUAUGAAAUCUCCCUGCAGAUGGAACGGAUUGCACAUGACAGGGCAAAGAGGGAGAAAUCCCAGGAUCCUCUUGGGCACAGUGUGGCUGAUGAGGAAACAGAAUGGCUCCAGUCCUUUCUCCUUCUCUUAUUCCAAUCUCUGAAGCAGCAUCCUCCCUUGCUCCUGGACACAGUGAAGAACUUCUGUGAUAUCCUGAACCCUUUGGACCAGCUGGGGAUCUAUAAGUCCAAUCCUGGCGUCAUUGGACUUGGAGGUCUUUUGUCUUCUAUAGCAGGCAUCAUCACUGUGGUAUAUCCUCAGAUGAAGCUGAAGAUCCGCUAGGGUGUUUUUAGGCUGAGGACUAGUACUUGCUUUAAAAGAUGGCCUCUUAGUGGAGUGGACAUUUGUAUUAGUCACAGGCCAUGUCAUACUGUACUUGAGUUCUUGUUCACAUGAACAUUUAGGGACCUGUGAUGUGAGCAGAGGUGGGGCCAAGAAUGGAGAAGCAGGGAGCAUGAAGAUUUAUGUAUGUUUUUAGAGUGCUGGGGUGACUUCUGAAUUUCUGAAUAUUUUCUCUUCAUUUAACAAUUAUCGAGCAUCUCUUAUGUACAUAGUAGGAGCUAAGUGAAUAAAAAUUGAAAGGAAAAAAAUUGGAAAAGACCAAUCCAACUAAUAAGUGAACACUAAUGUACAGUAAGCUUUGGGUUGUAUGGAUGAUUGGUUUGGAUGACUUCAGUAGGUCUGAUGCAUGGCACUCUCAGAUCUGGUAGAGGCCCCUUUUUUCUCUGGCAGUCACUCCCCCACCCCCACCCCCAAUAGAUGUCAGUAUCAGGAUGGAGGGGAGCUGGGCUGGUAGCCUCUGAACUUGUUAGCCCUACCAUCCCUGCACUCCAUGGCCUUGCUCUGCUCCAAAGUAAAAUCAGAAAAGCAUCAGGCUCCUUUGUGGUAUAAACUGUUUCUACAGGGAGACAUCUGUAGGUAGUGCAGUGAGAAAGUGAAAAUUAGAAGCAGACAGAAGGGACUUGAGGUAAAAAUAGGUUGCAGAGUCACAUGGAUGCCUGUCUGUAGCCUGUGACGACAGAUAAGGAAAGUGAUGCUGAAUAAAAGAAAAGCAACUGAGGCCAGAACCUUAUUCCUCUGAUUCCCAAUCCAGUGUUCUUUCCAUGAUAUUUCACUGCCUUCAUGACUGAGUAGAAGUGUGAGACUCUCCAGAAUCCUGUGCCUUUUGCCUCUUACCCUUCCAAAUUUUGGAACUUUCAUUGGUCAGUGGUUUAUAUUCUACAAAAAUUAAAACUAUCUAGACUUAGCUAGAUUGUCUUACAUAAAGCCUUAUAACAGUUUGGACAAUUCUACAUUAAUUUUCAUCUAAAUUUAUACAGUUAAGAAAUAUUCAUAAAUAUUCUGUGAAUGUAGGAGGGUCACAAUUUUCUAUGAAAAAUUAGACUUCUUAUUGGUAGCGUGGUUGGGGGAGGUGGGAAAGAGCAGUAAGGAGCUAGUGGAGAGAACACUGGCAUAUUGAGUCAAUGACAUUUGCUUGUGCUGCUUCCCAUCUUGGGUGUCAUGCGAGAUUUCUCAGUGUGAGGGAGUGAAAUGGAGAAAUAGGAUGCCAGCAGGUAGGAGGCUAGUAUCAGUUCUACCAGUAAAGUCAUGUCAUUUAUCUAAUGGAAAUGAGAAAAGAAAUAUGCAUUGAAUAAAUUAAAUUUCACAUAAAUGUAAUUCAGAUUCUUAACAAGUAGACUCAGGUCGUUGGUGCUCUGUUUCUAAAGAGACCAAUCAAGAUAUGGGAUCUGAGAAAGAACAUUUCGGGAAUUUCAAGAGAAAUGAAAGCUGCUAGAUCAGGGUAAAUAAAAAGUUUAGGGCUGGCGGGUUAGCUCAGUUAGUUAGAGCAUGGUGUUAUAACACCAAGGUCAAGGGUUUGGAUCCCUGUACGGGACAGCCACCAAAUACAAAUAAAUGAAAGUUUAUAUAACUUUUUACCUUGUCCAGAUCCUGUACUGUAAUAGAUUAAUUAUAUCCAAUA